AUGCGCGUGGGAGAGCGGCUAAAUGCGGCUGGGAAUGACUCAGAGCACGCGGGAUCGGCUCAGCCACCCCCAGGGUCCCUCUCCCUGAGUUCCCAAAGCUCCGAGGAGAAGGAAAACUCCGGAGAUUUCCAGAGGGAUGGAUUCGCCUAUCUGACCGUCAGCAUCGAGCCGCUGCCGCCCGUGGUGGUGGGAGACGCCGUGACCCUGAAAUGCAACUUCAAAACCGACGGGAAAAUGCGGGAAAUCGUCUGGUACCGGGUCACUGACGGCGGCACCAUCAAACAGAAGAUCUUCACCUUCGACGCCAUGUUCUCCACCAACCUGUCCCAGAUGGAAAACUACCGCAAGCGGGAAGAGCUGGUUUACCAAUCCACCGUGCGCCUUCCUGAGGUCCGGAUUUCGGACAACGGUCCCUACGAGUGCCACGUGGGKAUCUACGACCGAGCCACGCGGGAGAAAGUGGUGCUGGCCUCUGGGAACGUGUUCCUGAAUGUGAUGGCACCCCCAACAUCCAUCUCGGUGCUGGCCGCCGAUGCCCCGGCGCCCUUCAGCCGCUACCGGAGCAGCCUGGUCCCUCCCGUGGCGCCCAAGGGCCCGAAGAUCACGAUGACCCCRACGAGGGCGCGCGUGGGGGACACGGUGCGGAUCCUGGUGCAGGGAUUCCAGGUCAGCGUUCCCGUGGUUCCAACGGGCGGCCACGGUACACCCCGAGAUUUGUGGGGUUGGGUUGGUGGCCUYGGUGGCAUCGUGGUCCCUGGGUUGGAAGGGGUGGCCAAAGCUGUGGCCACUCCAUCCUGGAGGUGUCUGAGGACAGUUGGAGCAGGCUCAGACUGGGAGACCCCCCAAACCAGCGAUGCUCCCACCCCAUUCCGACCCCCAGCAUGGGCGCAUGACCCCGUGACCUCAUCCCGAUGCCGUUCUCCCUCCUCUCCAGGUUCGCUUCCCGGCCACUGCGGCUUCAGAUUGGCGUUGGCGCUGACCCUGACAGUGAUCCUGGAGCUCACGUGAAGCUUCACAGCCUCCUCCUCCUCCGUCCAGCUCCUCCCGGCAUUCCUGCUCCGGCGUCGGCUCUCCCGCUCUUUUUUUUUCUAUACUCUCAACACUCUCGGUCUCUUUUCCUGUCUUGGCUUCCUCUGACGAUUGAAUUAAAGGGAAAAAGGAAAAACUCCACCAGGAGAAGG